GUCAAAAGUAAGAUAAUUUGUAUUUGAUCACAUUCCACACAAUAGUUUGUUACUAUUUAUUUAGUGAAAACGUUAUUACGUUACACACAUUUGUGACAGUUAGCAACUUCGUAAUUUAUGCCCAAAACAAUCGGAAAUUAUCCUUUCGGGCAUAAUUGACAAAUUCGUCGUCUGCACUUAUAAUUUUGGCUUGUCCUUUUCCCCUCGCAUGUCACAAAUGGUCAAAACUUGCUGCAUUAUACAUUGCCGCCAUUAAAGCAGACAUAUCGUCGCAAUACCUCCUCCAAUCCAUUCCCACGGCCACCGGCAGGCUUCCUCGCUGCCGCCCUUCAAUUUUUUCCCGCGCUCCCACUUAAAGCGAUUUGUGCAGAAAUAUGGGAGGAGCUCCACAAGGCGACGGCCCGUUAGGAGAAAUCCGCCGCGAAAACGACGCCGGAGCAUCUUUUGUCCUGCAAUCGAAGGGGGAGUGGUGGCACGCCGGAUUCCACCUGACGACGGCGAUUGUGGGGCCCACGAUACUCACGCUGCCGUACGCUUUCCGGGGUCUGGGCUGGGUGCUGGGAUUCAUCUGCCUGACGGCAAUGGGCGCGGUGACUUUCUACUCGUACUAUCUCAUGUCGUUGGUGCUGGACCACUGUGAGAAAGGUGGUCGCCGCCACAUACGAUUCCGGGAGCUCGCCGCCGAUGUCCUGGACAGCAAUAAACACUGGCAUCAGCGUAGGAGCUAUUUUGCUUGCAGGGCAAUGCCUCCAGGUAUCUCAAGAAAUGCGCCUCCAAGGGACUACUCUUUAGAAGCAUCAAACUCAUCGAGGCUUUUUAACGCAUUCAAUUCCAUAUCCAUUUUAGCUGCCAUUUUCGGCAAUGGUAUCCUGCCUGAAAUACAGGCAACGCUGGCUCCUCCGGCCACAGGGAAAAUGGUGAAAGGCCUAAUUAUGUGCUACGGUGUAAUUUUCGUGACCUUCUAUUCUUCUGCAGUUUCCGGGUAUUGGGUGUUUGGGAAUAAAUCUAAUUCCAACAUUCUCAAGAGCUUCAUGCCAGACGAGGGACCUUCUCUGGCUCCUGUAUGGGUUUUGGGUCUCGCCAUCAUUUUCGUCCUCCUUCAACUUUUCGCCAUUGGCUUGGUGUAUUCUCAAGUAGCUUACGAGAUCAUAGAAAAGAAAUCGGCCGAUGUGAAUCAGGGAAUUUUUUCCAAAAGAAACUUGAUCCCGAGAAUUAUUUUUCGCUCUCUCUACGUAACAUUCUGUGGGUUCGUUGCUGCUAUGCUUCCUUUUUUUGGAGACAUUAACGCUGUUGUGGGUGCCUUCGGUUUUAUUCCUCUCGAUUUUGUGCUGCCAAUGCUUCUGUACAACAUGACUUAUAAACCGACCAAAAUGUCCUUAGCUUACUGGGUUAACAACACAAUUAUAGUCGUUUUCACAUUCGUCGGGCUCAUGGGGGCAUUUUCGUCCACGAGAAAGUUGGUUCUUGAUGCGAAGGAGUUCAAACUGUUUAGCAGCAACGUUGUUGAAUGACAGUUGUUGAAUGACAGUUUGUUGAAUGACAGUUUGUUGACGCAAUGACGCAUAUGUAUAGCUGUUUGUAUGUGUGUAUGUACGUAUUUAUGUAUUGGGUGCAAUUGCAUGGCAAAUGCCACUGUUUUACAAGUUUGGAUUUGUAAUUGUACUUGUAUUUAGAAAAGUUCCGUCAUUAAGUUACGUCUUUAGAUGAAAAUAAUUUUGUUUUGUNUUUCUCAAAAUUCUGAUAUUAUUACUUGAUGA